AAGAAGGAAGUUGACCGGCAACCAAGUUGACAAGGGGUCCCUGCCUCGGCUCUCGGCGGCCCUGGAUGCUACAGUUAGUAGCAUACAUUCUACAUCAUUCAAUAGAAUGUAAAAAUAAUCUCCAGAGGAAACUUUAAAAAAAAUAACUAGAAGGAAAUGCAAUAAGUAUGCCACCGGACAUCACGGGAAUAGAGAAACGGAAGUUUGGAAAUGGCGAGUUCUAUUUCAUCAGAACUACAGCAUGUAUUCCAACGACAAUGUCGGGGAAAACCUCUACGAAAUUGAUCUUCGUACUUCAUCCUCGAGAGCAAACGACAUCGCCCUCUACUGGUAUCGUGAGAUCAAAUAUUACAGUUUUGCCGAGCCCCGAUGGAGAAGAGGAGCUUUCCACUUCACUCAGAUGAUAUGGCGGAGCACCACUCAUAUUGGAGUGGGCGUGGCCCCAGUUCCCGGAGAGCCCCGUCUCUUUUUGGUUGUGCGGAACCAUCCAGCAGGCAAUUCCAACUAUCCUGGAGAGUUUCAGAAAAAUGUCCAUCCCAGAAUAUCACUAAAAUCCACAGAUUUGUGGUCUGUAGAUGACAGAUCGUUUGUUCGAACUUAUUCGGGAAGAUUUCGCAGCAUCACAUCAGAAGAUGCUUAUAUCUAAUAACUACAAUUUUCUGUUUUAUUUUGAAAAUAUAAUAUUGUGUUGUCGCAUUUUUUUUUUCAGAUUUACAAGAAAAAUAAAAUAUUAAUUUGAGUUAAUUCAGAGUUUAUGCCUUUAAAGUUUCCAGAUCUUUUGAACUAUUUCGUCAUGCUUAGAAACAUUAUCUAAAUGAAUAAAAACGUUAACUGCUUGAUAAAUUUUUAAAUUUUGAGACA